UUCUUACAAUCUUAUUCACAAAACAAUUUAGAAUGGCAUAUAGAUACUUGUUUGCCUUCUUGUUGGCUUUAUGCCUCUCACACCCUCCUCAUUCUGUUCUUGUUGCACAGAAUUUGCCAUACAAAGCUGUGAAUCUAGGAAACUGGUUGCUUGCUGAGGGAUGGAUGAAACCUUCUCUCUUUGAUGGAAUUGUCAACAAAGAUCUCUUGGAUGGAACUCAAGUGCAGCUAAUGUCCACUAAGUUCCAGAAAUAUCUCGCAGCAGAAAAUGGAGGAGGAGCUGAUCUUGUUGCCAACCGUGCUUCAGCUUCAGGUUGGGAAACAUUCAAGCUAUGGAGGGUCAGUGACACAUCUUUCAAUUUUAGAGUGUUUAACAAGCAAUUUCUUGGGCUAGAAAAUCAAGGCAGUGGAAACAAAAUCGUUGCAGUUUCCAACUCGCCUAGCAACCCGGAAACAUUUCAGAUUGUAAGAAAUAGCAACGACCCCAACAAAAUUAGAAUCAAAGCAUCUAACGGUCUGUUCUUGCAGGUUCAAUCGGAGACAUCAGUGACAGCAGAUUAUGCAGGCACUAAUUGGGAUGAGAAUGACCCCUCUGUCUUUCGUUUAAAUGAUAAAGUUGCAAAUCAGUUACAAGGAGAGUAUCAACUUACCAAUGGUUAUGGCCCUGCUAGAGCUCCUCAAGUCAUGCAUAAUCACUGGGAUGCAUAUAUAACCGAAGAUGAUUUCAGAUUCAUGUCUGAAAAUGGAUUAACUGCAGUUAGAAUACCCGUUGGAUGGUGGAUAGCACAAGACCCGAAUCCACCUAAGCCUUUUGUAGGGGGAUCUUUGGCAGCUUUGGACAAUGCUUUUACAUGGGCGCAAAAGCAUGGGAUGAAGGUGAUAGUGGACUUGCAUGCAGUUCAAGGUUCUCAGAACGGCAAUGAUCACAGUGGGGCAAGAGAUGGAUAUAUAGAAUGGGGAGAUUCAUACAUACCAAACACAGUCUCAGUCAUUGACUUCUUAGCACGAAGAUACGGUGGCAAUCCAAGCCUAGGAGGAAUAGAAUUGAUGAAUGAGCCGUCGGGUGUCAAUCUAGAUAGCCUCAAAAACUAUUACAAGCAAGCUUAUGAUGCUGUGAGGAGAUAUAGCCAGAGUGCUUAUGUCAUCAUGUCAAACCCAUUGGAUCAUGAUUCUAAAGUACUUCUCUCAUUUGUCCAAGGUUUUAAUAAUGUAGUUAUUGAUGUGCAUUACUACAAUCUUUAUUCCGAUUACUUCAAUAGCCUGAACGCACAACAAAACAUUGACUUCAUAAGAAAUCAAAGAGCCUCGGAUCUCAGCGGUGUCUCUUCAACUAAUGCUCUUAGUUUUGUUGGGGAAUGGACUGGUGCAUGGAGCGUGCAAGGUGCAUCAAAGGAAGAUUAUCAGAACUAUGCAAAAGCACAAUUGGAUGUGUAUUCACGUGCAACCUUUGGAUGGGCAUAUUGGUCCUACAAAUGUCAAUAUGAUCAAUGGAGCCUUAAGUGGAUGAUCGAGAAUGGUUACAUAACUCUAAAUUGAAUUUCAGCAUAAUAUAUGUUUACUCUUUUCUUCAGUUCACUACUCUAUGCUGAAAAAUAAGCUGAACAAACUAAUAAUGAUAAAUUGCUUUGUACCCCACUCUCAUAUAGUGCAAUCAGUAACAUACCAUCCUACCUUCAAAUAUCAUAUAGUGUUUUUAUUA